UCAAUUGCUAAAGGAUACCUUGCUAAAGAGCGUUGGGACUUUUGUUCGAGAUAUUUACAAGGAGUGGAGACACAAUUCAAUCGCCCAUCUAGAAAUGAAGACAACCUUCAGCGUGGAGUCGAUUCUACAACCAAUGUAGUAUCCAAGAUAUUUCCAAAUGUCGGGCCUCCAUUGAGGAAAGGGCGUCUCCAAACUCUAGAUAGAGACAUGUUGGAAAAGGCACAUCAAUACGUCCUCACUAAUUGCACGGAAGUAGCCCAUCCUAUUGAGAUGCAUCUUUCCUUGCUAAAAAGUCAAAAUCCACGUGCUACACCUCAUACCAUUCAAAGGCUUCACAAUUCAAGAUUUCAAUCAUGGUUUAAGGAGCAAGUUGAAUCUAGAUCCAUAGAUAUUCCUAUAGCCGAUUUAGAAGAUUUUGAACAGUUGGCCCAAAAACCUAGCGAAGUGGUGCGGUUUUUCAAGGGAUACAUUGUUAAUGGGUUUCGAUUUCACACAAAAAAGUUGGAGCAAAAGAGGAAAACACAAAAUAGCGGGGUGAUGGUAACAGCAAGCACUCAGAGUUUUGCUAGUGCUCGG